AUGCGCCCGCUAACGCACUGUCAACCGCAUACUUUGUCGCAUUACGAGUGGAACAGUGGUGGACGUGCCGUGGUCAAUUCGAAGGUGGUGGGACUGCAAAGGGAGCCUAAAGUGGGUACUGUAGUCACCAUCCCUGGGCCAGAAGGAGACAGGAAACCGGGGACGAUUAUUGGCAAUUCUCGUGAUCGCGAUAUUCUAGAGCAACAGGUAACUCCGAGAGUGUAUGACGAUGCACCACAGGCCGGGCCCAGUGGCGAACCUGGUUCGGGACCGACCGAGGAGCCCGGUGAUUUUUCCGCUAGUGGCUCUGAUGACUGGGCCCCCAGUGGUGCUGAACAAGAGUCCUCAGAAGAUGACGACGAUGAAGAGGUAGAAAGCAAGAGAUCAAAAAUGGACAGAUACAAAAGAGCGUACGGUAAUAGACGUUGCAGUAAAAUUCUUAAACCGAGUCACAGAGCCGAUGCUAUUAACAAAAUCAUACUCAAUAAUCGUAAAAGAACUAUGGAAACGCGGAAAAGUCUGAACGCUAUUAGUAAAAAUGACAAAAAAUCUCUACCAGAUUCUACAAGAAAGAACAAUAGCCCUUUACCUACUUCAACAUUUUUCUCUAAGAAAGAAAUGAUUGACAUAGAUAACAGAUUUAAAAAGCUUUUUAGAGCUUUAAAAGCCAUGAAAGUGGCUUUGCUGGAUAACAGCACCAAUGUUACUAAUACAAACAAUAAAAUUACAAUGAAUAAUGUCACGAAACCCGGUCUACAUAAACUAUCUCCUAACAAUUCACAAAAAGUAACGCCCAGGAUUGUUAAAGUCGAAAAAGCCGAAUUAAACAAUGUAGUAAACAAUGAAAUGGAUGUCCAGAACGAUGACAAUGACGACGAAUACUUGUUUCAUAGUGACGAUUCACGCCGAUCAGAAGAUAAUGUAUUAAUUACGAACAAAUACAAUACUUCUAGAGUAAUAACCAGUAAGAAAGUACUUACAGAAGAACAGAAAAUUACAAAACAGAAAAAAGCUUUAGACCAAAAGGAUGAGUGGAUACCAAUAGGAAGUGGACAGACACUAAUACACAGAGAUCAAUACAGAAGUGUGAAUUGGAAAACAUACACCGUAGCUACAAGAACUUUGCUGAUGGCAGUAUUUCCAAGAAAGGUCUUAGCUACACACUCCCUAACAGGAAAGCCUUCCCCAGCGUUCAUGAACAAACCAGCGAAAAUGCUCCUCAACCCGAAAAUAGUAUCUGAUAUCGUCAUUGAAGUGGCGGACAGAUUUCACGUGAAAGACAACCUUGUCAGAACGGUAAUCACAACAAAAUGUGCAGACGAAAGUAAAAUGUACAGAAUGAGAAUGAAGAGGAGGACUUUGCCACCAAAUGAGGACCAAGAAAACGUGUCGCCGAAGCAACAGAGGGAUCCUAACCAUACACUUUAGAUCAAUAGAAAUUGUACCUUAAAUAUGCACGACGGUGCAUACCUAUUAAAUGUUGUUAGGUUAUUGGUUAAGGAUGUAUCGGAAUUUAAUACUCGUGAUGUUUAUAAUUAUCGAUUUAUAAACAUACUGAAGAAUAUUUUACCGAUAUUGAGCAAUUUGUUAGUAGACUGGCCCUGAAAGCUAAAAAACUCGUUGAUCAUACGGUUUGCUGAUAAAGCUUUGUACCUACUAUGUAUAUCAAGUCCCAACGGCUGGUCAUAAUUUACAUUUGGCCCGAGGCAUAUUGGAGUAAAGUUUUAUGGAAAAUGUUGUAAUUUCAAAGAAAUAUUAAAGAACCAUUUACGAACAUUUCUCGACAUAAUUAUUACAUAAAGCACUUUUCGUACCGGUUGUACCAGCUAAAAUAAUGAAAAAAACAGGAAGAUGUCAACCUUUUUUCAAUCUCAGAAGGUUUCGUCAGAC